AGGCCCCUACUUUAAGUAGGAAGUGUAUAGCACUCCAGAGGAGAUGAUGUAUUAAGUCUCUUGCAGCAGAAUACAUGUGUCAGUCUUUUAGGGUGCCACGACAGCACCGUGAGCUUAAUAUAAAGGGCUAAAAGGAACAUGUGUUCGUAUCUUGGGUGCCACGGGCCUCUUCCGUCGUUUUGGGGUUUUUUUUUUUUGUGGCGGGAGGGGAGCGCAUUUGGUAUUUUGGCGUCUGCCCCUUUAAAAGCGACGCCAUUCGGUUUCGCCCUCGCAUCACGUGACCCGGAAACCGCUCUAGCGGCGCCUCAAUAAAGGCGGCGCGGAAAGCUUUGUCGCGCGCUUCGAGAGGCGCCCGAGUCACGUGGCAAAUCUGCCCGGAUUGGGCGCCACGAGCGAGCGGGUUUGACUGGAUAAAGAGGAGCAGAGAACAAGGCGGGUCGCCGCUCUGGCACAGCGUCUCGCUGCGAUCUUUUAAGGCCCAGCCCUUACUCGGAGGACUAGAGCAGCACGCACUCUUAUGACGAAGGUCCGCCGCGCGCCGCUGCGGGGCAGCCGCACGAGACUGAGACCUACCUGAUCGCCUCCUCCCUUCGGCCGGACGCUCCAGCUCCUGUCUGUGGCUGGAAUAUGGUUCCUCAGCAGAAGAUACUGAUGUGACUGCUACUUGCAUAUCCCACUUUGUGGUCUGGACUGCAGCACCUUGGGAGAGGAGACAAGACACAAAGCUGAGCCUAUGAUGUAUACCAUCCUAGUUCCAAAUAAUUAAGCACCCUUAGGAAUUCUCAUUGAACUUAUUUUAACUUGAGUCUUUUCAGCUCUUAGAAUUGCCUUGAACAGAUUUCACCCUGUUGGCCACUAGUAUGAUGCCAUCUCCUUCGAAGUGUGUGCAAGAACUUCUGUUAAUCUUUGCCUUCAGUUUGGCCUCCUGCAGGGCUACUGAUGCCCUGUACCAUGACUACUGUGUCAUUGGGGCUGGCCCCGCGGGCUUGCAGAUGGCAUAUUUCCUCCAACAUGCAGGCCGAGACUAUGUGGUCUUUGAGCGCAGCCAUGCGCCCGGGGGCUUCUUUGCCCUGUAUCCACGCCACCGGAAGCUUAUUAGCGUCAACAAGCGUUACACUGGCAAAUCCAACAGUGAGUUCAACCUUCGCCAUGACUGGAACUCGCUACUCAGCCACAACCGCCGGCUGCUCUUUCGACACUACUCCAAGGACUUUUUCCCAGACGCUGAUGCCAUGGUGCGUUACCUGGGGGACUUUGCUUCCAUGCUGGACCUCCAGGUGCAUUACAACACGUCCAUCACCCGUGUGAUGCUGGAAAAGGACAUUAAGGCAUGGAAUGGCCAUUUCUUCAUCCUAACUGACCAGAAUGCUCAAUUUUAUAAAUGCAGUGUCCUAUUGGUAGCUACAGGAACGUGGGUUCCUAACAAAGUGAACUUCCCCGGUUCAGAAUAUGUUGAAGGCUAUGAGUCUGUCUCCAUCGAUCCAGAAGACUUCGUUGGCCAAUCUGUACUGAUCUUGGGCCGAGGAAACUCUGCCUUUGAGACAGCGGAGAACAUUUUGGGCGUCACCAAUUUCGUGCACAUGGUGGGCCGCUCUCGUGUUCGCCUUUCCUGGGCCACUCACUAUGUUGGAGAUUUGAGAGCCAUUAACAACGGCCUCCUGGACACGUAUCAGCUGAAGUCCCUGGAUGGGCUUCUGGAAGGUGACUUGGAAGACUUGGUUCUCGUCAAGGAUAAGAAAGGAAAGCUGCACAUCACCCUCCGCUUCUACCUGGAGAACAGCAACAGCAGCGAAGCAGAGUCCAUCCUCCUCCCUCAGGACGAGCUGGACAACUUUGCCACUCGAGCACCUUACGACCGCGCCAUUGGCUGCCUUGGCUGGAAAUUUGACUUCUCCAUAUUCAACAAGUCUGUGGGGCUGAUACCAGGCAAAGGCAGUAAGAAGAAGUAUCCUCUGAUCAAGCCCAGCUACGAAGCCAAAGCCACUCGGGGCCUUUUUGUUCUGGGAACCGCAAGCCACUCAGUUGACUUCAGGAAAUCUGCUGGAGGCUUCAUUCACGGGUUCCGAUACACAGCUCGAGUAGUUCAUCGCUUAUUAGAAGUCCGUCACCACGGAGUCCCCUGGCCAUCCUCCCUCUACCCCAUUAUGCAGCUAACGAAUGCCAUUGUCAAGCGAGUGAAUGAGGCAUCUGGGCUCUAUCAGAUGUUCAGUGUGCUAGCGGAUGUCAUUCUGCUAAAAGAGAAUGCCACAGAAUUUGAGUACCUGGAGGAGUAUCCGGUUGGGGUCCUGCAAGACCUGGAAUGGCGCACGGGAAAAAAAGUUCAGAAUGGGCUUUUUGUCAUUGUGAUGGAGUAUGGGAAGAAUUUUUCUGGAGCUGACAAGGACGUCUUCUAUUACAACCGUGCUGUGGGUGAAGCACGCCAUGCUUGGCAGUCCAAUUUCCUGCAUCCUGUCAUUUAUUACUACAAACGCCUCCCUACUGAGCGUGAAAUGAGGCUCUGCCCACCAGACUGGCCCUUGCCCCGCCCAGACGCCAUCCAUCACAUUGUGGAGGACUUUCUGACAGACUGGACCGCUCCAAAUGCCCACAUCCUCCCGUUGAGACGGUUCUUGGAGAAUUGCUUGGAAACUGACCUGCGCAGAUUCUAUGCAGAAUCCUGCUUCCUGUUCGCCCUCACACGUCAGAAAUUGCCUCCCUUCUGCCAGCAGGGAUAUAUGAGAAUGCAAGGGCUCAUGGGUAAUGAGAGGCUUAGUCGUCAUGGAGUAGAAGCAGGACUGCUUGAAGACUACACUGCUGUGGACUCCCCAGAUGAGCGGGAAACUGGCAGUACACAGUCACAUGACCCGCUGUUGGAAGAUCACAUGAUACCAAACCACCAGCUGCAGCAUCUUAUAAGCACCAAGGAUGAACUUUAGCCUUCCUUAGACUGCAUCAGAAACCACAAGGAUUGUGGUCACGGUACCAUGACAUAGACCUCUCCUGGGGCUCCAGCUUCCACUGCGUAUACUUGACUUGGAUUCCUGCCCAUUCCUUUAUGGGGGACCAUGACUUGCCAAAGACUUGUGUAGAUCUGUUGUUAUUUAUGAAGAGCAGAGUCCUUUACACAGGAUAAGUGAGGGCUGAAACUGGGUAAUGCUGAGGCAUCCUGUCGCUCCUGUUCACUGUUGUAGCCUGCUGAUGGUGUUGCGUUUCUGCUGUAGGGGCCAGUCUCUAGCUUGUCACAAGGGAGAAAAAGGGAUGGCACAGAUGACUUGCCACGAAAUAUUAUUCCUGACUGCAUGUUUUGUGGUGGUCCACAGCAGAAGUCAUUGGUUAUGGAUGCUAUGUGUUGUUUUGUCCUUGCAUAUCCUUGCAGAUUCUGUAUGUGCAUGACUUUACAAUCAGUUCGGUAGUAUUGGCUAAAGGAAUGCUGCUAAUGUGUAAUGCAGGGAAAUAUUAUUGUAUCCAGGAAAAGAAGGGGGAUGUCUCAAGACUCUGCUAAGGAUGAGCAGCUAGACCUGGAUCCCUUUGUUCCAUGUUUGAGAAAAUGCACUGCUGCCACAGUCCUCAGCUUGUUCUGCAGAACUGGCAUUCUUGUGUGCCAGCUUGCCCUUGAAAGGAAGGAGAAUUCCUGCACACUUAACAAAAUCUCUCUCCUGUUUGCACUACACCCAGUUAGAAAGCUCCCUUAAUUCAGUUCAGUUGUGAUGAAUUUUUAUUUUCUAUUGUGUUUGUAUUUGUAACAUCCUAUUUUUUUAAAAAAAUGCAAGAGUAGGUAGGAAAACUAUCUGCACUUUAUUGCACCCCUACACACUUCCAGCAGACCAAACUGGAAAGAGUCCGUCUCUUAUCUAUAUUCCCUUGCUCUUUAGCAGAUGGACAGAAUAGCCUUCUUCCUGCCACAAUCAUGGCACUUGUGCUUCCUGGGGAGACACCUUUCCAGCAACUGAUGCUCUUUGCAAGGGAUACACUUUAGCCCUAUUGCUUUAUUUAUAAAUACUUAAACCUCAUUUCUUGCCUACCAUUUGGUCUGGAGAAUUGAAAUGAAAAGGGGUCCUAUGCCUAACCAAAACGCUGCUGCAAAUUUAGAACUCUGCAGGAUGAACUUACAGGUUUAGGGCACAUGGAAGGGAAGGACCCGUGACACAGCGGCUGCACAUGUUUUGCAUGCAGACAAUCUCUGGGCCCAAAGGCAUCACUUUUUUUUAUUCUGUCUCUUAAGUGACUCUUUAAAACCAGAGAUCCUGGUUUAAAACAAACUCUGGAUAAAUAGGCUGGCUUCUUGGCCUGUGUUUUGAAGUUGGCUUGUUUUGAAACUGAAAAUAAAUUGUUCUAAACCAGGGUAUCUAGUUCAUUCAUAAUGAGCCAGGAUUCUGCAAAACUGAAAGUAAACACUGGCAAAAUGCUUCACCAGGCUGCAUUAGAGGAGAAGGGGAACAAGCUCCCAUUGGCACAUGUAGCACUAAAAACUAUGUCUAAUACUUUUCUAGGUCUUUUGCACUUAGGGGCCUCUGGCUAAGUUGGUGCAUGUGAUGAUCAUACAUCUGUCAUACUGGGAGAUUUGAAUUCCUUAUCUAAAAGAUAGUGCAGACUCAGUAUAUACAGCUUUAUUCUCUCCCUCUCUGCUUAUAUUCCUGUAAUUACUCCAAAGAACCUAUUGACAGUAUAUGUGUUGCCUUUAACUGGUGGUUUUCUUUUUAAAAAAUGCUUUAGAAAGGGGUCAUUUUCUGUCACCCUUUUCUCUGUGUGUCUUGGGGUAAAAGACAGAUGCAGUACCAAGAGAGGGAUCACCUUUGUUCAGUUCAACCUGAGGCCACGCCAGAAACCUGCAGGACUUUCUCGCUUGAGAGUGUGCCACUAUCAAGCUACCGCCAUUCCUCUCAGCGUUUUGUUCAUCAUCCUUAACAAGGUACUCAGAUUGGUGGUCAACUAAGCUUGACUCAGAGUAGACUCAUUGAAAUUAAUUGACUUAAAAUCAUUGUAGAGUUGGAAGGGGCCCCCAAAGUCAUCUAGUCCAACCUAAUAUAGUGCAGGACUCACAGCUAAAGAAUCCCUGACAGAUGGCCAAACAGCCUCUUUUUCAAUGGACGAGAGUCCAUCGCCUUCCAAGGUAGUCUAUUUCACUGUCAUGUUCAUUCAUUUCAGUGGGUCUGUUGUAAUGGCUUAGUUGAAUACCACCCUCAAUCAUCUUCUUCUUCCAGGUUUUGCUGCUGUUUCCUAAGUGUAAUCAGUACAGCCCAGAACACAGAUUCAUCAUGGCCAAGGCUCAAAUUAAUACAAAUGUGUCAGGGGUUAGGGCUGGAGAUUGCAAAAGUAUUGCUUCACCAGCCAAAGCCAGAGUUUACCAAAAUCAGUGAUUUUGCAAGACAUUCUUCAGAGAGGAUGGGCUUUGCUACUGCUCCACAGAGACUAUGCCCUUGCUGUUUGCCAGGUUAGAAUACCUGAGUAGCUCAGCAACCCAUUACUCUGCUGUCAGUGCCUAGGUCACUUUCAGAUUAUUUGCACAGAAUUUAGUGGUCCUGUGGCAGACUGGGAAAGUCGCAGUUUCUUUUUUAUGUGUUCAUUUUUUCAGAACAGUAUUUUUAUUAACUUAUUUUAAGAUACAUGUCAUGAUCAAAUGGAUCAGCUGUUGUAAUGGUGUAGUAUAUUGCAUAUAAGUUUUGUACGGUUGUAUUAUUGUGAUGAACUUUAAAAGAAAAAAAUUGUUUUCCAACCCCA